AUGACAGCCGCUUUGCGGAGCCUCGGGAAUGCUGCUACCACUACUCCCAGUACAUUUGACGAGCUACUCGACUCAUUAGGUAGCCUCGGACAGGGCAAAGAAGUCACCACAUUUAGCUCAAACGGUCAUUUGGUGACCGCCGGUACCACCAGCGCAGGUAGUUCAUGUGCAAGAACUUGCAACCUUCUAAGCACCAUCUUUCCUAAUACCACAAGCCAGAUUGGGAGCCCAUCUUACAACCAACAAGAAACCACAUAUUGGUCGAACCAACAAGCAGAAACCCAGCCAACAUGUCGAAUACAACCACAGUCUGCGCUCCAGGUCUCUGCAUCUCUCCUCAUCACCAAGUCCUUCAACUGCCAAUUUGCAGUGAAAAGUGGAGGUCACGCUAUGUUUGCGGGAGCAUCAAAUAUCCAAGACGGCCUGACGAUCGAUUUGGCCAACCUCAACCAGAUCCAGGUAUCGCAAGACAAAACUCUGACCCAUGUUGGAGCCGGUAAUCGUUGGGUCGAUGUUUAUAGUCAGCUCGAUCAGCAGCAACUGUCCGUCAUUGGCGGCCGAGUCGCCGGUAUCGGCGUUGGCGGAUUGACACUCGGCGGGGGAAUCUCAUUCUUCUCCGGCCGUCACGGGCUCGCGUGUGACAACGUCAGAAACUACGAGGUCGUCCUCGCGAACGCCUCAAUCGCCAACGUAAACCACACCUCGUACCCAGACCUCUACUUCGCCCUCCGCGGCGGCGGCAACAACUUCGGCAUCGUCACCCGCUUCGACCUCGAAACCUUCCCCCAGGGCCCCAUGUGGGGCGGAGCGCGAACCUACCCCAUCACCGCCGCCGCCUCUCUCAUCAGCGCCUUCGACAACUUCGCCGCCAACAGUCCCUCAGACCCGGACGCCGCCCUCAUCCUCGCAUUCUACUACUACAACGGAACCUAUUACGGCAGCACGGACAUGGAGUACGCCCACGCGGUCGUCGAUCCGGCCAUCUUCCGCGAACUCACGGGCGUGACGAGCCUGGCGUCUACGACGCGGAUAGCGAACCUGACGGACCUGACGCUCGAGUUCGAAGCAUCGAACCCGAGCGGGUUCCGCGAGACGUAUUUCACCGCGACGUUCAAACCGAGUGCGGUCCUCGAGCGGGAAAUCCUCGACAUAUACAUCGGCGAAGUCGAAGGCAUCAAGGACGCCGAGGGCCUUCUGCCGGCCGUGGUAUUCCAGCCGAUUACGAAGGAUGUCAUCUCCUAUUUUAGCAAGAACGGAGGGAAUGCGUUGGGGAUUGCGGAAUCUGAUGGUCCAUUGAUUUUGGUUGAUAUUGCCAUUUCGUGGUCUUCCCCAUCCGACGACGACCGCAUUAUGGCCGCGGCCAGCAGCUUCAUUGACCGAUCAACUGCAGCUGCAAAAGGGAUGGGUCUGGAUUACAAGUUCAUCUACCAGAAUUACGCCGCACAGGGUCAAGAUGUCUUCGAUGGGUAUGGAGAGGCGAAUAAGCAGCGCUUGAUCGAGAUCAGCGAGAACUCUAUUGGUUCCACAGACGCCACUGUGAUUGAUCUUGCUGAGGAUUUGGCUGAGUGCCGGAUGUGGGGCGGCGAUGGUUGGAACUUGGCAUUUGGCCAACUGGCCUGCGGCUUCCUGAACGCCGGGCUCUUUGGUGGGUUGGAAGCUGCGGGUAAAGUAUGGUUGGGAUCUUGGGUGGAGUUAUUGCCGCAGGCUGCAGCUCACCCAGCUCGAACGAGAGGGGUCUCAGGACUGCUCUCUCCGCCAUGUCGAGUUGAUUGUGCACCUCUUAUCGGGAGUAUUCUGAUGGUUAGUGUAGGAGCGGAGCCAAUGAUGAGUGAUGAUGGGGGUCGAUGCAUGCUGCAGAAGGAGGUGGCGCAGAUAGCAGCUGCAAUCUGCAAGAAAGAUCCGCCCCAGUUGAUUCGCACCGAGUCUGGCCGAGCCGGCUUGUACUCAACCUUUUGGAGAAAGGGCAACUGGUACCUGAAUGAAUCAGUUCAAUAG